AUGAUGUGGACCUUAAAUGAGACAGCCCCACCGGGGUGCACCACCAAGGCUGAAUCUGCUGCCUGGCCCAGCGAGGACUUCGGUCCGUGGUGUGUUCCCCUCUCGACGGCUGGCUGGGGGCGGUUACCGCCAGAUGUGUCCGCCACCUGGAAUCCACGACGCGGGUUGCGGGCAGCGGCCAUCCCAUCCUUCAAGGAUUGGGAAACCGGCGAGGGGAGCUUUGCCGAGCAGAUGUUUGCCUUCCUGUGCAAGCGACUUUUUUGGCUCUGGCCGCCCAGGGAGCUUGUGGAGCCGUACCGCCUGCGGCGAGAGCAGCCGCAGAAGGCGUGCGAACGAUCGCCAGACUGGUGA